GGGCGGCGGGGCAACCUCCCUCGGCGGGGGAGCCGAGCGAUGGGAGAGGGGCGAGGGAAACGCGGCUCCCGCUGAGCCGACGGUGACGACAAAAAACGGCUUGCGCGAAGAGGUCUGGUACAGCGCUAUGGGUAAUGCACCGGCGGAAGAUGAAGUAGCACUCUUUGAAAGAGAUAUGAAAGAGUUUUGGAUCCAGUUUAAAAUCAGUUAUGGCACUGAACAGAACAAUCAGAUUUCAGCGCUGAGAGAUUUGUGCAAGGAGACUUUGGAAGCUCUUUCAGAGAAAUGGUCCAAGAAGCUGAAAGAAGAGGACUUGAUGAUUGACAAAAUUCACGAGUAUAACAAUGAGAUUCUCCAGCAGAGCAAAUGCAUAGCAGAAAAGGAAGAGCAGUUGACAGAAAUAAAAUCAAAGCUAAAUGAAGAACAAGAGCAGCAGAAGAACUUGACUGACAGCAUCCAAGAGCUUAAAGAAGAGUUGGCAAAGAAAAUGGAAAUAAAAUCUUCUAAAACUAAAGCUGCCAAGGAGAAGGUGGAACAAGUGAGCAAGAUUAAAACAUUGUUUAAAGAGCAUCUGGCAUUGGAGAUGCGUAGAAUUCCAGAUGAGCAAUUACAGUUCAUAUUCAGACACAUUGACCACAAAGAUCCUGAUAAGCCAUACGUGUGCACCCUUUCCAUAAAUGAACAAGGGGACUAUGAAGUGACUUCCUGUACUCCUCCUCUGGACUGUAUUGCAGAGUUACAGCUUAAACUGAGAGAAACUAACAAUUUUUCUGCAUUUGUUGCCAACAUCAGAAAAGCUUUCACUGCUUUAUCAUAUAAACAGUCUGCAUGAAACUGGUUUGUACCUCUCUUUUUGGAUAUAGAGCACUCUUACUCUUCCUGUUGAUGAAAUGGUGUAUUUAUCCAUGUCUGACUCCUAAUUUCUAAAUAAAGAUAAUGAAAGCAGUAGUUUAGUCUACUGUUAUCUGGACACAUUUUGGAUCAUUCUGUGAACAUUAGUAUCACCAACUACUGCCUUAACUGAAUGUCUCUGGACAUGUAAAUUUUGAUCCAUUGCAUGCAUUAAUGAUGCAGUGGUUUGUAUUUAGCUGCCACAGGGAGAUAAUCAAAAUAAAGUACCUUCUGUAGUUUGUGUAUCUUUUCCAAAAGCAUUGAUAUCUCUUUCAAGUUCCUGUGUAAUUGAAAUAGGCCUGAAACCUAUUAAAAAGUGUGCUGAAGGUUAGCACUUAUUUCAGUUACUUGUGUCAUAGGUCAUUGUCUUGAUUUUUACCCUAACUUGUACUCUACAGUGUUAGCAUUUCUAGUCUCACAUCUAAAUAGUUGUUUUUCUUCUGGUCUGUUAAACUUCGUCAUUGGAAAUCUUUUGACAUGGCAAAGCCUGAAGUAUAAUGUAUUGAAGUAUGAAAUACAGUGGUGACAGAUAAAUCAUGUGUGUAUUUUGCAUCUUGUCAAGAAGACUAUUACUACUACAAUGCUCAGCUUUGAUUGAAAAUAUUUUUUUCUAUCCUGUAAACAUGUUUUCAUUUUCACAGAAUAUUUAAAAUGACUGUUGCAACAAGAAAGAAAAUGCUUCAUUUGAUAAUAUACCAUAGUACAAAUAAAGUCUUGACUAAGUUCAGUCCUAGAACUUCUAGUGAAUCAAAAACUACUAUGUAUGACCUAGUCAUUUAGGCAUGUUUAAAUCUGGUGAUCAGAUCUUAUCUGAUCUGAUCAGAUAUCCUUAGUACAGUUGGGAAUAUUUCCCAGUCACAUGUGAACUGUAUUUUAAAUAAUUUAGUUGGUCUGAACUUAUCCAUAUAGCUUGAUGGAUGCACCACAGACUACACCCUCAUCUUCUAGGAGCACAACAUAACAAAAAAAGUAAAAGAGAUAAUCUUCCGUGUCUUCUUCCCUAUAGGGCAUAAUUUGCCAUUUUCCAAGUAGUGCAUAAUUUUCCUUGGUGUGCCCUGUUGAUUUUUUUUUUUCUUGUGUUACAGCCAGUUAUACACAAAGAACAGUAAGGAAGGUAAAGGUGCCAACUGAUUACACUGCAAUUUUGGAACACAACAGCAGCAGAGAAUUACUAAGCAUUACUAUAAUGACAUCUCAAAUAAAACAAAUCCUCAGUUUCUGCUUUGUGUCCUCUCUCAGGACAAACCCUGUGUCCUCUCUGAGAAUUCUGUAACUGGCAAUCAUACAAAGAGGCAAGGGAUGGGAGCCUGACUUCAGGAGUCUCAUUGUUCAUUAGUGGAUUUGCUUCCUUUUCAAUCAGAUUAACAGGAUUUAAGGUGUAGGUAUUUCUUUCAACUAAUUGCUUCUACCACUAAGAGAAUGCUGUAGGCAUUUUUAUGGACAGCAGUAGACUAGCCAGGAGUUUAAAAAAAUGUAUUGAGCCAGCAGUGCACUACCCACUUGUGUCAUCUCUCUGAGGCAUUAUGGCUGCUGGUGGUGUCUCUACCUUGUACAGAAGCCCUUACCUUCCAUGGGGGAAAGCCUGUCCCUUCCAGCUUCUCACUAAUGGCAUUGCCCUCUCAUCCAGAAUAACUUCAUUUUGAAGCAUACCCUUGCCCUACUUCACCUGUCUGUGCCAAGCACCUCUGAGCUGCUCUGAAAGGAAACUUCAGCAUGCUCAACCGGACCUGUUUAAUCAUUAGGGUGUACGUAUUGCUCAGACACCCUCUGUAACAUACGUGAUUUGAUCAUGUUCACAGGAGAAAGAAACUGAAAUGCCUUGAGUAAUAAAGACAGAUGUUCAAACUUAGAGCCAUUUUCUUUUCUUUUUAAUCCCAGGCAUAAGUAGUUGGUGACAAAAUGAAUUUGUCAAGAUUGCUAUGCACAGAACAUAAAAUAUGUGACAACUACUUUAUUGGAAUAUACAUUCUUAGAAAUUAUUUGCUAGAGACUAUAAUGUGCCUGGUUGUAAAUAUCCUUUGCAUAUGCCUAAAGCAAGACGUUUGGAAUAUUUAUUGUGUGUAAUAAAAACCUUUACAACUCCUUUUGGAGCUAGAAUAAUGUGCCUACUUUUAUUUGCCAGAGCAAAUCAGACAGAGAUCUUACUUCCAA